GCAAGUGGCCAACAACUUCCUCUCGGGAGGCCUUCCAACGUCUCUCAAGGCUUCCAACUCCCUGAAAACACUUAACCUGGCAGGAAACGGCUUCACUGGUCAUUUACCUGACUUCUCUCUCUGGCAUGUCAACCUCGAACGCCUGGCCCUCAACCACAACAACUUCACAGGGUCCAUUCCUGACUCCAUCUCCACCCUCACCUCUCUCAAUGGCAUCAUCCUCAACAACAACCACCUGAACGGCUCCAUUCCAUCGGCCAUCUUCAGCAUGACGAAUCUAGCUUCCCUCUAUCUCGCCAACAACCGUCUGAGUGGCAGACUGCCCUCUGACAUCAGUCGCCUGGAGAAGCUCGAGCAGCUCUGGCUGGACAACAACAACAUCGAGGGCACUCUGCCACCCGCCAUCUGCUCGCUACCCGAGCUAUGGCGCAUCAUGAUGAGCAACAACUACCUCUAUGGGCCCCUGCCAGACUGCAUCUUCAACAAGUGUGUCAAUCAAAUCGAUGUGAGCGGCAACAGCCUGUACGGGCGCAUCAACCGCAACUUCAGGAGCAUGGUGGCGGAUGGUGAUGCGCUCAUCAACUUGGCUCACAACUUCUUCUUCGGUGAUGCCGUGCUCCUCGCUGCCGGCUGCCAGGUCUGCCCCAUCCACAUCAGCAAGCCCAACAACCUCGUCCUGGGAGACACGGGCGUAGGCGCUGUUGGGAAAUGUGCCACCAGCUUCACUGCCAUACGAGAUUACUCGGUGGCCGGGGCGGGCAAGGGUGCGAGGGUGAGUGUGGCGGGCAACUGCCUGACGCUCAUCCCGGACGCGGAGUGCGCAGCCAACGCCACCCAGCGCAGCACGGCAGCCUGCCAGGCGUUCUGCAGCAUCACGGACAACGGCCCGUGUGACGGCCAUGGGGAGUGCGUGCCGCCUGCCCCCGCCUCCCCCUCCAACUUCACCUGCCUCUGCCACGCCGGCUACUCGCCUCUCGACUCGGGCAACGGCUCCACCUGCGCUGUGGUCAACUCUACCACCACCACUGUGUCCUCGCUCUCCACGGGCGCCAUAGUGGGCAUCGCUGUGGGCUGCUUCGCUGGCUUCGUUCUUUUGGCGGCUGUCCUCACAUGCGUGCUGUGGCCCCGCGGACCAAGGAAGUGGGAGGGGCUGGAAGUGUGUGAGCAGUACACGCUACACCAGAUGGUGAAGGCCACGGACAACUGGGCCAAGGAGAACGAGGUGCGGGCCAUGGCGACACUCAACCAUGUGAAUCUGGUGCGUCUGCUGGGCUUCUGUGUGGAUCAGAAUGUGGAGACGGGCAACCAGGAGCAGAUCUUGGUUUAUGAGUUCGUCGCUAACAGAGACUUGCAGUACCACAUUUUCAAGACCAAGAACCCUCUUUCGCUGCGGCAGCGACUGCGCCUGGCGCAAGGAGCUGCAGAGGGGCUGGCAUACCUGCAUGGCUUUGGCAUCGUGCUUCUGGAGCUGCUAACUGGCUCGACGCCAAUUCGCUACGAGUCACACAUCAGAGAUUGGGCAAUCCAGAAGGUUGAGGCAUAUGCACUGGAAGAGCUCAAGGACAGCAAGCUGGACGCAAGUGAAGAGGCCAUAGUGGCCUUUGCCGACCUCGCUCUGGACUGUGUCAAGAUGCCGGGCACACGGCGGCCCGACAUGAAGGCCGUGGCUCACUCCCUCAACGCCCUGAUAGAGAAGUUCUGCCCAGACAAGGAGCCGUGCGAGUUAGUGGAGAAGCUUUCAUCCUUGGGGAGCCAAUCCAGCCAGUCUGCGGUUCUCUCUAGUGGAACUGAAGGGCACAGUGGCACCAACCAGAGUGGCAGCUCCUCCAAUGGCCUUGGUUCCAGGUUCCGUGUGUUAGACAGCUGGAUGCAGCAUCGAUUUUCAGAAGGCUAUUGA